UCUUCUAUUCAUGAAUUUUAAAAUACUUAUUUUUUUGAAAAGUUUUCUUUAAAGACAAACUCCUUUUUACCGUGCAAGCACUUCCCAUGGCUUAGAAGCGCGAUUCGAACAAGUGGGAGAGGAAUAAAGUGUGAAGUGGCGUUAGGGCGCAGAGAUAAUUGGUCUGAUGGAGUUGAGGACAGAUCGCGGCCAAAUGAUGAAUAUAUUCAAACUUUUCCCUGCGUGAUGGUGUCAGAUUGAAGGCUCUGUGCGCAUGUGCGAAGGUGUCCAAACUGACAAUGCCAGGGAGAUAGCGUGUGCGAUUCUCUGAAAUCACGACCAACGCCGACAGACAACAUGAGAUCCAAGGCAAGGGCGAGAAAACUGGCCAAAAGUGACAGUGAAGUGGUUGAUAAUAUGUAUGAGACAGAUCCAGAGCCACCGGCUGGAGAGAGUGGAGGAGACGAAACAGAAGACAGCAUCAUGUCCCCGAUUCCCGUGGGUCCACCAUCUCCACUUCCCACCAGCAAUGAAUUCACCCCUAAAGAAGGAUCCCCAUAUGAAGCCCCUGUCUACAUUCCUGAAGAUAUUCCAAUCCCGCCUGACUUUGAGCUAAGGGAGUCUUCAAUUCCUGGAGCUGGAUUAGGGAUAUGGGCCAAGAAGAAGCACGAAGUGGGAGAGAAAUUUGGUCCUUAUGCUGGAGUUCAGAGGGUAACACUGAAGGAUCCAAACUUCGGAUGGGAGAUUGUUGAUGAGCUGGGGAAUAUAAAAUUCUGCAUUGACGCAAACCAGGCUGGAAGCGGGAACUGGCUAAAGUACAUACGUUCAGCACACUCCUACAACCAGCAAAAUUUAGUAGCGUGUCAGAUUAAUGACCAGAUUUACUAUAAAGUAAUUAAAGAGAUUAAAUCGGGUGAUGAACUUCUUGUUUUUAUGAAGGACGGCGUCUAUCCUGAUGGGACAAUGCCACCAAACCUAGAUGAGGAGCAGAGGUACCGCUGCGGAGACUGUGACGAGCUGUUCCGCUCGAAGGUGGCACUGCGGCGGCACCAGGCGUACGCUUGCAACAACGUCAAUGCUAUCUUCACCACCAUCAGCGAAGACUACAAGCAGGGUCAGCUGGAUGACGGGCAGCUCCACGAGUGCAAGGACUGUGACCGUAUAUUCCCCAAUGAAUACAGCCUAGAGCAACACAUGAUAAUUCACAGCGAGGAACGUGAAUAUAAGUGUGAUCAAUGUCCAAAGGCCUUCAAUUGGAAGUCCAAUCUGAUUCGCCAUCAAAUGUCACAUGACAGCGGAAAACGCUUUGAAUGUGAAAAUUGUGAUAAGGUAAGGUUGAAGGUCUUCACCGAUCCAAGCAACCUGCAGCGGCACAUCAGGUCUCAGCAUGUGGGAGCCCGGGCGCACGCGUGCCCUGAUUGUGGAAAAACCUUUGCCACGUCAUCUGGACUAAAACAGCACAAGCACAUACACAGCAGUGUUAAGCCUUUCACCUAUAGGAGGCAGGGACAAGCAUGGACACAGAGUGAUGGUGAGGUCUGUCACAAAUCGUACACUCAGUUCUCCAACCUCUGUCGACACAAAAGAAUGCAUGCCGAUUGUCGGACACAGAUAAAGUGCAAAGACUGUGGACAGAUGUUCAGCACAACCUCCUCAUUGAACAAGCACCGUAGGUUUUGUGAGGGCAAGAACCAUUAUAAUCCCAGUUCAAUGUUUCCUCAAGGUCUGCCUCUCACUCCCAGUGCCAUGCUGGACAAAUCAAAGCCUACAUCCUCUCUUAACCAUACACCCCUGGGGUUUAAUGAGUAUUUUCCCUCACGCCAACACCCAGCAGGAUUGCCCUUCUCACCAACAGCCACCUUUCCAGCUCUAGCGCCAGGAUUUCCGGGCCUUUUCCCCCAUUCGUUGUAUCCCAGAGCUCCUGUAUUACCAAGCAAUGCGUUGUUGAAAGGCUGCUUAAAUCAUGACAUUGAUGGACGUGUCCAGAGCCCCAUGGGAACUCCCUCAGUAUCACAAGCAUCUUCCCUGGUGUCAACAUUCAAUGACAAAGAUACCCCUUUAGAAGGAAAAAAUAACGUUCGAUCUGAAAACUGUUUCACCGAGAAAAACAAAGUAAAAAACACUGACUUAUCGGAAGGCAGUGACUUUGAAGACAUCAACACAACAAGUGGGACUGACCUAGAAACGACCACAGGUACUGGGUCUGAUUUGGACAGUGAUGUGGAGAGUGAUGGAGAUAAAAAGAAGGAAAAAGCCAAUUUGUCAGCCAAAGGAACUGAUAAAAUCACUUCAGUCUCCGUGAACUCGAACAACGAAUUUGAUGAACGGACACAGUAUCUUCCAUCCCAACAUUCCUUUUUCCCUCCUCCAGAUGACCAGAGCCUUCCAACUAGUGCUACUAAUGAUUCCAUUAAAGCUAUUGCUUCCAUUGCGGAAAAGUACUUUGGCACUGGUUUUAUGGGAAUGCAAGAAAAGAAAAUGGGAUCGCUUCCGUACCACUCUAUGUUUCCAUUCCAGCUCUUCCCAAACUUCCCACAUUCCAUGUACCCUUUCACGGACCGAAACCUCAACCCCAAUCUAUUGGUAAAAAAUGAGCCAAAGUCACCCAGGGAGCACCAGAAAAGUGGGAGUGCAAGCUCAGAGUCGCCCUUUGACCUCACUACGAAACGGAAAGAAGUGAAGCCUCUUCCUUCUUCCAAGCUCAUGGUGUCUACGCUUUCGGGAGAGGAGCAGCCACUGGACCUGAGCAUAAGUAGUCGCAGCCGGGUCAGUCAAAAUGGCCCGGGAGAGCCCAGGAAGAACCACGUUUUUGGUGAACGCAAAAUGGUGAUCACUGACGAGCUACCCAAGGUGCAGCACCAGCAGGCUUUUCAUUAUGCAAAGCCAUCACCCUUUUUCAUGGAUCCUAUCUACAGCUGGAACCACCUGCAUUACACAGCCAGGGUGGAGAAAAGGAAAAUGAUGGACCCCCUGAACUCAUUGAAGGAAAAAUAUCUGCGCCCAAACCCACUUCUGUUCCACCCUCAGAUGGCUGCUAUGGAAACUAUGACAGAGAAGCUGGAGAGUUUUGGUACAUUGAAAAUGGACACCAUGGGUGCUCUACAGCCUUCUCCCCACCAUGGCUUCAACUUCCGAUCGCCCCCAUCCACGCUGUCUGAUGCUAUUCUCCGCAAAGGAAAGGAGCGUUACACAUGCAGGUACUGUGGGAAGAUCUUUCCAAGGUCAGCAAAUCUUACUCGGCACCUCAGAACGCAUACAGGGGAGCAGCCUUAUAGGUGUAAGUACUGUGAUAGGUCAUUCAGCAUCUCCUCUAACCUGCAAAGGCACGUUCGCAACAUCCACAACAAAGAAAAGCCAUUCAAAUGUCACUUGUGCAACCGCUGUUUUGGGCAGCAGACCAACCUUGAUCGCCACCUCAAGAAACACGAGAACGAGAGCAUUCCAGUGAGCCAACAUUCUGGGGUCUCUUCCAAUCACCUGGGCACCACUGCAUCUUCCCCCAACUCCGAGUUAGACAAUACAGCACUUUUGGAAGAGAAGGAGGAAUCGUACUUCUCAGAAAUCCGGAACUUCAUUGGAAACAAUGACCUCAGCCAAGCAUCCAGUUCAGCGGACAAAAGGCAUGAGGUGCAAGGUGGUCACCAGCAGGCCGUUCAUGCACUGACCAAUCAGAAAACAGAAGAGGCAGAUGACGAGGAUGAAGAGGAGGAGCUUGAGGAGGAAGACGAAGAGGAGGAUGAGAGCAUGACGGAAAAAUCCCAGGAUGACCCAGUUUCACCGAAGAUUGAUCCCAGAGCUUCGUUCAGGGAAAGUGAAGAAGAGCGCCCUGCCCCACUCACCUUGGGGUACGAGCAGACUCACAGACUUAUGCCAUGAUGCUCUCAUUCUCUGAGAAUACUUCUCUCCAUCCAUCAUCCCAGAACUCUCUGGAUGCUUGGCUGAGUAUAGCAGGAGCUACGCCAGAGCCGGGGACCUUUCACCCAAUCAACCAUGUUUGAGAGUGUGAGAGAGAGAGAGAGGGAGAGAGAGAUAGAGGGAGAGAGAGAGACAGCAAGGCAAGACUUGGCCCUGAUGUAUUUGGGAAGGGCAGUGAUGGGUGGCAGCUAUAGUGGCUCAGGAGCUGUGGGAUGUUGGUAUCAGGGCAAAGCUACUAAAAACUGUUACCACCCCCAUCCCCUCCUCAGCCCUGUCUGUCAAGCUAAGGAGGCCUUACAAAACUUCCUCUCUUUCGGUCACAACUGAAUUAUGUUGCUGACCUUAAAUUCCAUGAGAUAUUUAUUCCUGUUACAUAAUAUUUUUGCACAGAUAUACCAUUGGGGCUUCAGCUUAAAAAAUAUUAACAAUGGUUAAAUACAAAGGGGCCAGUUAAGCUUCAGGAAGACAGACAUAUGUCUCAGAAGAAAGUAAGCCUGCUUGUUCUUCCUUGCUCUUACAUCAUCCUGUACUAUUAUAAUUUUAAGUUAUUUGAGAAAUAAGCAGGGCAGGCAAAUCGCAAUAAUUAACCUGUAUAUAUUAGCCUGCAUUCUCUCACUCUCCCUCCCCUACUGCAUCCAAAAUAUCUCUCUCCUAGGCAUUAUAUCUUUUCUAUAAGAAACAGUAUUGUGUCUUGUACUCUUAGCUGUCAUGAGAGUGAUUUAAAAAUGUUAAUAUAAUUACCUAGAGAAGGACCAAAAGUUAUGUAAUGAUGUUGUACAAUAACUGUCAAAUAGGGAGAGUUGCUGGUGCCAAAUAACAUAGGUUUGUCCUUCUAGUUGCCAAUUCCCAGACAAUCAAAUUUUGUUUUUAUUGUUUAUUUUAUUUAGUUGUAGGCUUUAUUGAAUUUCUUCCUGUCCAUUAGUGUUUAUGUCCUCACUAUUUAUUCCUUUAGACGAUUUCCUCGCAGACGCCCCCACUUCAAACAGAAUAAUGUAGUCCAAAAAAAAAAUGUGAAUUCUUUUACGUUAACGUUUUUUUUUUGCGUGGCAUGCAUUGUGGAAGUGCCAAACCUUUGAGGGGAUGAGGGCGGUGAGGGGUUUGAUUUUUUUUUAACUCAGUAUUUUUAUUUAAGAGUGGAUCCUGUUGUUAGAUUUGAUUUUUUUUUUACAAAAAAAAUGAUUGAAAAGAACAAGUGGAAAAUAGGCCGCAGCGGUUGCCGUUUCCGUGGUAAAUAAUUAUAGAGAGAAAUUAAAAGAAUAAAGAAACCUUUGCUUUGUGAAAGCUCCUGUAAAUACUUAUGUAAAGGCCAGCAAUUUCUUUUGUCCCCUAGAGUGACUCAAUUUGGUGCUGAGUGACUUUGCUAUUUCUUUUCGGAGACUGUGGAGUCAAGGAGAACAUGCAUAGAUUACAUGCAGUUACUACUUUGCACAGUUGUCACGUGCCCCUUGUUUUUUUUUAGCAAUGAAGCAAGCCAGCAGAGUAAUUCCUUUUUUUUGAAGAAAAGCUUAGAGGGAAAAAGUAUAUAUUUUUUCCUCUUUUGACCAACUGAUAAUUAGACAAAUUCCAGCACUUUGUGAGCAUAACACUCCCAAUCAGUUAAUUUAAUUAUUGCUAUGUUUCACUUUCUCUUGUUGGUGUUAUGCACAUCUGCCUUUCCUUAAAGCAAAAAAAAAACAAGGACAAUCCUGCUUUCUGAUUGAUUCCCAAAGAUCUGGAAGAUGUAUACCUGGAAGAGCUGGGCAUAUCUGUGUGUAGCAGCACAGGGGACGGAACCUGUGCAAGAAGUGAUUAUUGCCUCGCGUUCUAGAGUCCCAGUUGGAAAUAACUCGUAUUUUCAAUAGAUUGUAUUUGAAGAGCAUAACUUCUGAUUAGUUUUAUCAUGAAUCUCUUUAUCACGCUUUCUUUUUGGAAAACGCAUGAAUUCUGUCUCUCUAUAGAAAUGUGAGAAUCUUACACCUAUCACUUCAACCUAUCACCAUUCCCUCAAAACAGUCCAAGCAACAGUAUUAAUUGUGGCUAAUUAAAUAUAUUCAAUUUUACUUCCCUUGGCAAGCCUAAGAAAUGAACAUCAAUAGAACAGUAAUGCAGCUGACUCUCUCCCAACUUGUAUAUGUCAUAUUCAUACCUGCAAAUUUUCCAGUAGUGGUGAUGCAAGACUUUUAGUCAAAUAUCUUAACAUGGCUCUAGAACACAAGGGCCAGUUUAGUAUCACUCUACCCAACUCUAAGAUCCACUAAGCUUAUGGAAGGGGGCCUUUACAAUUAAAAAUUAAAAGCAAAACUGUCUCUGAUUAAAUGAUAUUAUAUUCCAGAAUGGUUCUGUGACUCAUGGUCCUACACGACCUCAUAGUGGAGUUCAAUGCUGAUUCAAAUUUGACAAGUUUUCUCAGGUCCUGUCUAUUAAUUACUAUCUAUUCCAUCGUCAGUUUCUACUAAUCAUUUUUUAUCCAUUUAAAAUUGUUAUCCUCUUUCUCAUUGCAACCACGAUUCCUUAUUUGAGUUUUUAUUUUUCCGAAUCAAUCCCCAAUCUCAAUUUUCAUCACAAAUCUUCACCGUGCUUUCUCUUCCCAGUCUCCAUUCCUCAUCCCAACCUCCAUUCUCCCUUUUCAUCUUCAUCCCUCCAUUUACCACAUUAAAAAGAAUUUGGUUAUCAGACAGAAGCCCACGUUUCCAAAAAUAUUUUUCACAAAGCAAGCAAUAUAUUCGGAAUCAUGGCAUCAAAAGAUAUCGGAAUAGAUAAAGGAAAGGGACACAAAUGGAGCAAAGGAGUUUAAAUGUAGGCAAUGGAGGCAAAUGUAGGCAAUAUAUUAAAAAUGGAGUUUAAAUGUAGGCAAUUGGGAGGUUUUCCACUUUGAACAUAAAGAAGAGAAAUGAGUACUUUCUAAACACUGAUCAGGUUAAAGCUGAGGACAGUCAAAGGAACUUACAGCCCAUGGAAGAGUACAGUACAGGAACAGGCCAUUCGGCACACAGUGUUGUGCUGGAAUCGGCUACAAAGCAAAUCAAAAACACCCCAACACGAAUCCUUCCAACCUACACCAUAUCCAAAUCCCUCCAUCCUCCUUAAAUCUACGUGCCUAUCCACACAUCUCUUAAAAGGCUCGAAUAUAUUUGCCUCUACCAUCAUAGCAGGCAGCAGAUUUCCAGGCAUCUGCCACUCUCUGAGUAAAAAACUUGCCCCUCACAUCCCCCUUAAACCUACCUCCCCAUCACCUUCAAUGCAUGCCCUCUCGUAUUAGACAUUUCAAUCCUUGGAAACAGAUACCCUCUGUCCACCCAUGUAUACUUUUCUAUAUAGUGUCAUGUAAAGGUGGAAAGAAACGAUAAAAAAGGCUAAUUUUAUACAUUUUAGAUUCUUGUGAUAGAGGUUGUACCACACUUAAAGAAGACACUGGCAAGACCACACCUGGCCUACUGUGAGUGUCAUUCCUUGGAAAGGAUGUAUCAGCAAGGAGGAAGUGCAGUGUAGUUUCACUAGAACUAUACCUGGACUCAAAAGGAUAAAUUACAAGCAGAGAUUCCACAAACUGGGAUGAGCUUUCCUGCAAUUUGCAAGGUGAAAAGUGAUUUGUUCACAAUACCGAGAAGAAUCAAGUGAAUAGAAGGAAAACAUCUGCAUGUUGGAGAGACUAAGCAAAGAAGGAAUAGGCUAAAAAUGAGAACCAGAUGUUUCAAAGCUGAGGAAGCACUUUUACAUGCUACAAGUGGUAAAAAAAUUGGUGUUUUCUUCCUCAAAUAGCAACUUAUGCUUUGUCAGUUGCUGACUCCAAAUUGAAAAUAGAUAUGCUUCUAUUAGCCAGAGUUACUUAGACCUGUAGGGAGAAGGCUGGUGCUGUAUAUGGUUUGGAUGACACAUCAGCUAUGAUCUCAGUAAAUGGUAGAACAGAUAUGAGGGACAAAAUACCCUUUUCCUGUUCCUGAUUUCUUUCCCACACUGGUCUUGUUCAAUCUUAGAGCCUAUUUCCUGAAUGGAGCUAUAGAAACAUAGAAACAUAGAAAAUAGGUGCAGGAGUAGGCCAUUCGGCCCUUUGAGCCUGCACCGCCAUUUAUUAUGAUCAUGGUUGAUCAUCCAACUCAGAACCCUGCACCAGCCUUCCCUCCAUACCCCCUGAUCCCCGUAGCCACAAGGGCCAUAUCUAACGCCCUCUUAAAUAUAGCCAAUGAACUGGCCUCAACUGUUUCCUGUGGCAGAGAAUUCCACAGAUUCACCACUCUCUGUGUGAAGAAGUUUUUCCUAAUCUCAGUCCUAAAAGGCUUCCCCCUUAUCCUCAAACUGUGACCCCUCAUUCUGGACUUCCCCAACAUCGGGAACAAUCCCCCUGCAUCUAGCCUGUCCAAUCCCUUUAGGAUUUUAUAUGUUUCAAUCAGAUCCCCCCUCAAUCUUCUAAAUUCCAAUGAGUACUAGCCUAGUUCAUCCAGUCUUUCUUCAUAUGAAAGUCCUGCCAUCCCAGGAAUCAAUCUGGUGAACCUUCUUUGUACUCCCUCUAUGGCAAGGAUGUCUUUCCUCAGAUUAGGGGACCAAAACUGCACACAAUACUCCAGGUGUGGUCUCACCAAGGCCUUGUACAACUGCAGUAGUACCUCCCUGCUCCUGUACUCGAAUUCUCUCGCUAUAAAUGCCAGCAUACCAUUUGCCUUUUUCACCACCUGCUGUACCUGCAUGCCCACUUUCAAUGACUGGUGUAUAAUGACACCUAGGUCUCGUUGCACCUCCCCUUUUCCUAAUCGGCCACCAUUCAGAUAAUAAUCUGUUUUCCUAUUUUUGCCACCAAAGUGGAUAACUUCACAUUUAUCCACAUUAAAUUGCAUCUGCCAUGAAUUUGCCCACUCACCCAACCUAUCCAAGUCACCCUGCAUCCUCUUAGCAUCCUCCUCACAGCUAACACUGCCGCCCAGCUUCGUGUCAUCCGCAAACUUGGAGAUGCUGCAUUUAAUUUCCUCAUCCAAGUCAUUAAUAUAUAUUGUAAACAACUGGGGUCCCAGCACUGAGCCUUGCGGUACCCCACUAGUCACUGCCCGCCAUUCUGAAAAGGUCCCGUUUAUUCCCACUCUUUGCUUCCUGUCUGCUAACCAAUUCUCUAUCCACAUCAAUACCUUACCCCCAAUACCGUGUGCUUUAAGUUUGCACACUAAUCUUCUGUGUGGGACUUUGUCAAAAGUCUUUUGGAAAUCCAAAUAUACCACGUCCACUGGUUCUCCCCUAUCCACUCUACUAGUUACAUCCUCAAAAAAUUCUAUGAGAUUUGUCAGACAUGAUUUUCCUUUCACAAAUCCAUGCUGACUUUGUCCGAUGAUUUCACCGCUUUCCAAAUGUGCUGUUAUCACAUCCUUGAUAACUGACUCCAGCAGUUUCCCCACCACCGACGUUAGGCUAACCGGUCUAUAAUUCCCCGGUUUCUCUCUCCCUCCUUUAUAUUUAGCAGACUUUUGAAUCUACCUGAUCUGAUCAAAUAUCCUGUUCCAGAAAAACUUACUCACUAGAAUCAUUGGGAAAUAUUUUAAACCACCAUUUUAGAAUCUGUUUUCCUUAAUGUUCAAGUUCCUGAUCAGUGAAAAUGGGAGCUGCAGGUUAGCGAAUUGGAAUUUUCAUUUAAUUGCUCCAUCUGUCCUAUUUAUUGGAAGACAAAUAGCACUUAGAAAGUGAGGGCACAAGAGAAAAGAAGUGUUACAGGUCUGACAUUCCACUGUCUCUUCCCUCAUAAUCAAUCAUUCCUGAUUCUUUCCUCAGAGUGGGGAGAGGGGGCAAUGGGAGGACAUACCUUCAGGGUUCUGAGAUGUUCAUUGUGGAAAUCAGUAAAUAUAUUUCAGAUGGGAGAAUUAGGCGAUCUGAAUAUUCUCCUGUCAAAAAUUUAUGCUUUACAAUGAUACUAAGGUCUCAAUAGACAGUCCCAGAAUUGCCAUCUCUACCUCUCCUCAUAUACGGAAGAACGUCCUACUCUUUCUCUUGAAAGAGGGUGGCUAAUGAAAGUUAGCCUCAAAGAAGAAAGACCAAAAUUACAUAAAACAAUAUGCAUUGGAUCUAAAAGACUUGUGCUUGGUGUAGAAGGAUACCUCCCGAUAUAAACCAACAUGAAAGGGUCCAUUCAUUCAGAGUUCCUGUUAUAUGUUGUUUUACCAUGGGUUCAUCUGAUCUUUGGUGAAAGUGGGAAACAGGGUUUUAUGAAUCAAUAGCACAGUUCACUCUGUUCUCAGUUUCCACUCCCAUUGCCAAAAUCCAGUUUUACUCCCAUCAUUGUUUUGCACUUGCUUAUGGGGUGGGGAAUGUCUUGCAUAUUCUAAGAUCGUCCUACAUGAGAUCCCUUCUGGUUUCUUCUUCAUUACUAUUCAUUAUGUCCCUUCAUGAAUGCCAGAGGUAGCUUCUCUCCAUGCAAGGUCCAUUGCUGGUGGAUAGCCUAUAGAAAGAACCUCUGAUUAAUUUUGCCAUCGGUGAUUUAAGUUCUUAAUAAUAAGCAGCUUGUUUUUUGUUCGUCUCAUAAGAUUUCACACCGAUGUGAUCUCAUGUCAGAAUCUUGCUCUUCUUGAUUUUCAACAUGUCACUUAAAUGUUUCUUUUAAAAGGAUACACUUGUUAAUCCCAAGAAGUACUGUUGACUCAGGUGCACUAGGGGGAGCUGUGAAGACUUCCCAUGAAAAUUUCACUGCUUUUGUUGAGUCAGGUUAAUAUCAACUGCAGCAAGAUACACGUGAACUCCUUGCACUGAAGGUGAGGGAGGGGUUGGUGGGUAAGGGUACAAUAGGUAUCCCAUUGCCCUGGAGUUCAUUGAAUUCCUUUAUUCAUGCAUCAAGUGACCCUUUGUCAUUCUCUAGGGGGAAAAGUUGUUCCGAGCACCAGGUCUAAAAGAAUAAUUUGUACGUUCUUAAAGAACGGAUCUAAGGUUUCACUACACCUGAUGCAUUAAGGAAGCCUACCUUUGCAUGAAGGAUUGCUGGAAAAACAGAGAGUGAGAUAAGCCCAGUGAUGUAAUCCACACAUAUGUCUGAAUUCUUUCUCUAAUUUCCAUUGUAGUGUUGGUAGCUGAGGUACCGAGAGGAAGGGGGAAUUGAUGACCUUCAAUUAAUUUUUGAUUUUACUGCCUGUAAGGCCACUUGGUGUUUAGGACAGCAAUGAAGGUCCUCCAUCUUUGCCUAUCCAUACCGUCGCACACAGAUAUAGAAGGACUGGUGGACCACUCUUAGUCUGGCCUCUAACCUUUGACUUGUUUGGCAUGGUUUGGCAUACCAAGAGCUAAAGCAUAAAGAUCCGACAUAGCUCUCUGGGUCAUUGAAGCAUGCAAGCCUCCAAAACCUACAACAAGGUUGUGGUUCUCUUGGAGGUUUAAUGGAUUAACAUAAGACAAAUACUAUAGUUCUGUGGCGGGGUCAAAAUUGGAAAUUGGAGCAUGAGAAGUAGAUACAACCUGUGUUGUUCAUCAAUAGGUCACAUUAUACACAGUUGUACUAUUGAUUUGCACUUGUCGCUCGAGCCCUGGUUGGCUCAACAUGAGGAAACGGCUAAAUUCUGUCCUCCCUCCCCAAAUAAGCCUCAAUUUCUAUUUAUGUCCUAGGUUUGCCCAUACGCUUCCCAAUAAUUCACUUGUGCAUUUUAUUUUCUUGGUUUUGACAUGUUUUAAACUGUGUGGUGUUUAAAAAAAGGUAGUCAUUGUAAAUGGUUAGAAUUCAUUAACCAGAAAUGUUUCAAGAUUACAAUGAUGGUGCUUGUUUCCUUUCUGUUUGGAUUGUAUAUUGCUGAAAAAUGUUUAAAAAAAAUCUUCAACAAAAAAAAUCUGAAAAAUAUGGCUGUGCAUGGCUUGUGUUUAGCUGUUGGUGUGUUUCUUGUGAUGAAAAUACUGUAGGGAUGCACUUACUUGUAUAUGUGGUUAGGCAUUGUCCAAAGUUAGGAGUCUUUAAUUGCCCUAACAUGAAGGGGCGCUUUGUUAAUAAGCUGAAUAGUUUAACACGAAAAACAUACACACACAUACAGACACACACACACACACACACACACACACACACACACACACACGCACACACACACAUACAUAUACAGAGAAAUCUUUGCUUGUGGGAGAGUCGAAAGAGUUUAGCAAAUUGAAAAUAAGUGAUUCACAGGAAAAAAGAUCCAUUCAUUUUGAUGCUUGUGAUACAGUUAGUAAUGAAAAUAAAAUCCAAUCUGAUUCCUAUGUUAAUGAUGUAGAGUAGGAAUGUAUACCAAAUGUAAUCUUUCGAAAUGCUACAAUGAAUUUAUACACAAGAUUGAUAUGCAAUAAA